AUGGCAGACAUGCUGGAUCUUUACAAGGCAGGGGGCGAGGAUUUCACCACCAACAAGGAUGGGGAGAAAAACAUCCACAAACUAAAAGAAAAAGCAAAGAAAAGGAAGGGCCGAGGUUUUGGCUCUGAGGAGUCCCAAGCACGGAUGCAGGGGGAUUAUGACAGUGUGGAGCAGGAUGGCGAUGAACCUGGACCACAGCGCUCUGCUGAAGGUUGGAUUCUCUUUGUCACUGGAGUCCACGAAGAAACCACUGAAGAAGAUUUUCAUGGCAAAUUCGCUGAAUAUGGGGAAAUAAAAUAUAUCCACCUUAAUUUGGACAGGCGCACGGGACACUAG